GAAACGAAAACAGACGAAGCCAUGCGCAUUCAAGAACUCGAGGAUGAACUUAUUAAUAUAAAAACUGUAAAAGCCUCAUCAGAAGUGAAUCUUCAACAAAUGAAUGUCAAAGUUGAAGGUUUAAAUCAAAAAGUGGAGUUUUUGGAGGCCACUUCUUUAAAACUUUCGGAAGAGUUGAUGGCUUAUAAAACGAAGUACGCGCAGGCCCUCGAAGAAGAAAAGAAAAAUAAAGCCAUAUUAGUAACCAAUACUAGUGAAGUUGCUCUGCUAUCACGGAAACUUAGCCACUCAAGUACAGAACUGAAAGCUGCGCUUUCCAAGCUGGAACAGCAGAACAAUACCCGAAAGUUCCUCGAGUCAAGCUUGUCUUCUUUGAAAAGCGAAAAUGAAACGUUGAAUAUGAAAAUAACAGAAUUAGCAGCACAACUGGAAACUUUCGAAAUAGAGCUUGCUAAGCAGAAGGAAGAUAACUUAUCACUGGCUACUCUCAGGGUCGAAGAAACUGCACAACUUAAAAAACUUGAAGCGCAAUUGGAAGAGGCUAAUCACGAUGUGAGUCAAUUAGAGUUCGAAAAACGGGAACUUGGUAGAACCCUCCAACUUGCCGAAGAAAAUUGUAUCGAUUUAAAAGAAGAAGUCGAGCAACUGCAAGAAGAACUUCGAAUCGAAAAAGAAAUGAUUGCGAACUCGGCCGUCGAACGCAAAAGUCUUUUACGGGAAGUCGACAAACUGAACGUUUCCUUGGGAGAGGCUUCCUUGCGACUUCAAACUAUGGAAGGGGAGAAGGAAAAACUUACGCGCCUCCUGCAUAUCACACAAGCGAAACUUGAUCAGGCCGUGUCCAAGCUGGAAAUGGUGGCGCUUCCGGCCUCUCGCAAGAAGUCUAACACUUCCGCCGUGAAUAAGCGAGCGAUGAAAAUGCUGGAAAACCAACGCCACGCAGAAAUUGCGGCAAACAAGCGCUUAUUGGAGGAAAAUCAGCGACUCCAAAGUCUUAUUGAGACCACCGCAUUUGAUAAUGAAAAGUACGAGGCCACUUUACUGGAGCUGGAGGACCUGAAGAAAAAGAAUGAAGAACUCCAGCAACUCGUGAACCACCUCAAAGCUUCGAAAGGGGCACAAAGUGGUUUGCAGGGUUACUUGCAGAUUCUCAAACCCCCGCUCAAACGUGGCGUCUGGCGGACCGUGUAUGUGAUCGUGAGUGCGGAGGGAAAGAGGAUGUAUCUACACCACGAACAGCCGCGUGGCUCCUCCGAUGAGCCUUUCGAGACAAUUUCAAUUGGCCACGUGUUUCAUGCACGGGCAGUCACACCUGCGGAACUUCCGAUGGCUAAGAAAGAGGAGAUCGAGGCUAUUUUUUGCAUUGUGUACACGAAAGGCUCAUCCAAUCCGGCUCGGAGCGACUCGAGGUGUCACGUGUUACAGGACACGGGGAAGAGCUUUGAGAACUGCUCUUCCUGCAAUGAAAGAAUGCUUUUCAGUAAAGUUUUGAAGUGCAGAGACUGCCUUCUAAAAUGCCACGCAAACAACCCCACAUGUGUGGCCACGCUAAAAAGGAAGCUGUGCUUCAACACGAUGGACGCGCAAUGUCUAAAUUUUAAGACGAAAUCUGUUCAAGAGAAGCAUUUGUGGGUAGAAACGUUGAAGAAAAUCAAAACGGAAUCGUCGUUAAGUGAUUCUUCCUUGCAAAAAAGUAAUAGCACGCUGUCUCUCGGAUCCAUGGCUUCCUUUAGUAGUAAAAAGUCGAUGGGGGAGUGA